AUGGAAAUAAAAGUUGGUGGAAAAUUCAGAAUAGGAAAAAAAAUAGGAGGAGGUUCAUUUGGUGAAAUAUAUUAAGGCAUAAAUACACAAACAAAUGAAGAAAUAGCAAUUAAACUAGAAUCAAUAAAAACUAAAUUUCCACAAUUAGAAUAUGAAAGCAAAGUAUACAAAAUAUUGUUAGGCGGAGUGGGAAUUCCAAAUAUGCAUUGGUUUGGUAAAGAUGGAGAUUAUAAUAUAAUGGUAAUUGAUAUAUUAGGAAGUUCUUUAGAAGAUUAGUUUAAUAAUUCUUAAAAAAAAUUUUCUGUAAAAACAAUAGUAAUGUUAGCUGAAUAAAUGAUAUCAAGAAUUGAAUAUUUUCAUUCUAAAAAUUUUAUACAUAGAGAUAUUAAACCUGAUAAUUUUUUAAUGGGCAUAAAUAGAAAGGCUGAAACUCUAUAUAUAAUAGAUUAUGGUUUGUCUAAAAAAUAUAGAGAUAUAAAAACUGGAUAACAUAUAGACUAUAAAGAGGGUAAAUCUCUUACAGGAACAGUUAGAUAUUCAUCAAUUAAUACACAUAUUGGAAUAGAAUAAAGUAGAAGAGAUGAUUUAGAAGCAAUUGGAUAUGUUUUAAUUUAUUUUUUAAGAGGAAGUUUACCAUGGCAAGGUGUUAGAGCUUAAACUAAGAAAUAAAAAUAUGAGAAAAUAGGAGAAAUUAAAAUUUAAAAUUCGCCUGAGGAAUUAUCUAAGUAUGGAUAAUAUUUUUGA